CGGCCGCCUUGUCCCAGCUGUGACGCCCCCCGCCCUUCCCUUCCUUGGGCAGCAUUCUCCAACGCCUAGGUGGUUUCUCGCGGCCCCUGCUCUGCUCACUUCCACUGUCGGGGACGCGGCCUGAUGCACCCCACCCUGCAGGAAAUGACCAUUGCAGAACUAGAAAAUGGACGUUGGAGUCAGGUGCCUACACCCACUUUUCUAUCACUUACUGUGCAACUGUGACUUUGGAUACGUUUCCUAACCCCUCACCCUCGGUACCCUCAUCUGUAAAAGACUUAACAGUACCAGCGCGGUAGAGUUGGGGGAUUAGAUGUGAUCACUCUCCUUACGUGCUUACUUAGCCUAAACCUGCCCAAUAAAAGUCCGCAUUUACAGCACUCCUUAGUCUGGCGUCCGGGGGAGUGGGGCAGAGAGGGGACAAGGAAAUAGGGUUAGCAGGUUACGCGGGCCGAGCAGGAACUCUGCACACCAAGAGAAAAAGCACGACGGAAUUCCUGCAACCCUUGGAAAACCAGCACUUCUCCCAAGAGCGCCGGGGGAGACCCAGCUUCUGGCCCUUCUAGCCAAAGCGACUCUGUGGUCGAACCAUAGAGAGGCGGAAGUGGUCCGUCCCCUUCCUCUCCCGGGCCAACGGCUUGGCGAAGCUUCUGGGGAUUUCUCUAGCGCGGGGCAUUGUGGGGUUGCUGGGCGGCCUGAACAAGGAGAAGACAGACGUAUCCGGCCGCUGCUGAAUAAGCAUCCAAGAUGAUGCCCACACCAGUUAUCCUGUUAAAAGAGGGGACUGAUAGCUCCCAAGGCAUUCCCCAGCUUGUAAGUAACAUCAGUGCCUGCCAGGUGAUUGCUGAGGCCGUAAGAACCACCCUGGGCCCCCGUGGCAUGGACAAGCUCAUUGUGGAUGGGAGAGGCAAAGCAACAAUUUCUAAUGAUGGGGCCACAAUUCUGAAACUCCUAGAUGUCGUCCAUCCUGCAGCAAAAACUUUAGUGGACAUUGCCAAAUCCCAGGAUGCUGAGGUUGGUGAUGGCACCACCUCAGUGACACUACUGGCUGCAGAGUUUCUGAAGCAGGUGAAACCAUAUGUGGAGGAAGGUUUGCACCCACAGAUCAUCAUUCGAGCUUUCCGUACUGCCACUCAGUUGGCAGUUAACAAGAUCAAAGAGAUCGCCGUGACUGUGAAAAGGGCAGAUAAAGUGGAGCAGAGAAAACUGCUAGAAAAGUGUGCCAUGACUGCUCUGAGCUCCAAGCUGAUCUCCCAGCAGAAAGCCUUCUUCGCUAAGAUGGUGGUGGAUGCAGUGAUGAUGCUUGAUGAUUUGCUGCAACUUAAAAUGAUUGGAAUCAAGAAGGUACAAGGUGGAGCCCUAGAGGAGUCCCAGCUGGUAGCUGGCGUCGCAUUCAAGAAGACUUUCUCUUAUGCUGGUUUUGAAAUGCAACCCAAAAAGUACAAUAAUCCAACAAUUGCGCUUUUAAAUGUUGAGCUCGAGCUGAAAGCUGAGAAAGAUAAUGCUGAAGUUAGAGUCCACACAGUUGAGGACUAUCAGGCAAUUGUCGAUGCUGAGUGGAACAUUCUGUAUAACAAGUUAGAGAAGAUCCAUCUUUCUGGAGCCAAAGUCGUCUUAUCCAAACUCCCCAUUGGGGACGUAGCUACCCAGUACUUUGCUGACAGGGACAUGUUCUGUGCUGGCCGAGUACCGGAGGAGGAUCUGAAGAGGACAAUGAUGGCCUGCGGAGGCUCAAUCCAGACCAGUGUGAAUUCUCUGUCAGCAGAUGUGCUGGGUCGCUGCCAGGUCUUUGAAGAGACACAGAUUGGAGGCGAGAGGUACAAUUUCUUCACUGGCUGUCCCAAGGCCAAGACUUGCACCAUCAUCCUCCGCGGUGGCGCUGAGCAAUUUAUGGAGGAGACAGAGCGGUCCUUGCAUGAUGCCAUCAUGAUUGUCAGGAGGGCCAUCAAGAAUGAUUCAGUGGUGGCUGGUGGCGGGGCCAUUGAGAUGGAGCUCUCUAAGUACCUGCGGGAUUAUUCAAGGACCAUUCCAGGAAAGCAGCAGCUAUUGAUUGGGGCUUAUGCCAAAGCCUUGGAAAUUAUCCCACGCCAGCUGUGUGACAAUGCUGGCUUUGAUGCCACCAAUAUCCUCAACAAGCUGAGAGCUCGGCAUGCCCAGGGGGGCAAGUGGUAUGGGGUGGACAUCAACAAUGAGGACAUUGCUGACAACUUUGAGGCCUUCGUGUGGGAACCAGCUAUGGUGCGGAUCAAUGCCCUGACUGCAGCCUCUGAGGCCGCAUGCCUUAUCGUGUCAGUAGAUGAAACCAUCAAGAACCCUCGCUCGACAGUGGAUGCUCCCCCAGCUGCUGGUCGUGGGCGAGGUCGUGGCCGGCCCCAUUGAGAAGCACCUCACUCCUCACCUGAGUGGCUGGCAGGCUGGCUGUAGGGUGCACUACUCUCCUGUCUUGGGUCGUUGCUUUUACAGGGUGGCGCAAUCUGUUCUCACUGAAGUUUAUUUAAAUAAAACUUGAGACUU